AGCAACUGGUAGAAUGCGGGUUAUUAUGAGGGCAGGGGAUUGUGAUGGCGGCCAGGCUGUAGAAUCUGGUGAGGCCAAAUGUGAGCCCCUCAAAAAGAUGUCCUUUGGUCCAAAGUGGCAAUAUUGUGGAUUUCAGGAUGACAACGGACGCCAGGGAGCUGAUGGAAGCCCGGGGGGCUGGAGAAAGCUGCCCAACCUUCCCCAAGGCGGUGCCUGAUGACCCCAUGUUUGAAGGGAAGUUCAGGGCUGCUUUGGAGGCAGAGUGCCCUAAGCCAGACUCCUCCUCUGACUACUUGGAGGAGAUGGAAACUUGUGAAGACAAAGGCUGCUCAGGGUCACCCAUCUCGCUGUCCUCCAAGACUGGCUCCACCACCAAAGGCCAGGCGGGCGACGGGCCUGAAUUCUUCUCAGAGCAGCCCAUGACCCUGGGGAACCCAGGGGUUGAGCUCAGUGCUGAGAUGGAGCUGGAGAAGGUGCGCAUGGAGUUUGAGCUCACUCGGCUCAAGUACCUGCACCAGGAGAACGAGCGGCAGCGGCAGCACGAGGAGGUGAUGGAGCAGCUGCAGCAGCAGGCACGGCCCCGCCUGUUCUCAGGAAGCUUCCAGGACCUCCUGCACCCCCAGAACCAGUUUGCCAUGUUCCUGUACUGCUUCAUCUUCAUCCACAUCAUCUACGUCACCAAGGAGAUGAUCUUCUUCCUCUUCUCCAAGCACUACCUGUUCUGCAUCGCGGCCAUCCUGCUCUGUUUGAUUAAAACGUUGUGGUCAUACUUCUAA